GCCACCAGCUCUCUCCCCUCUCUCUUCAUCUCCCUAAUUAAUAUUGCUGUUCCCAUCCCACGUACCAUCGCCAAUUUGCCAUAUACGCCACUCUAUUAUCUCUUCUGCACCUCUUCACAUCAUAGACAUAAUGGCUGACCAGCGUCCCGCCCCCCUCCGUCUCGGCACCGUUGCCCCCAACUUCAAGGCCGAGACCACGAACGGCCCCAUUGACUUCCACGAGUUCAUUGGCGACAACUGGGUCGUCUUCUUCUCCCACCCGGAGGACUACACUCCCGUCUGUACCACCGAGCUCGGCGCCUUCGCCAAGCUCGAGCCCGAGUUCUCCAAGCGCGGCGUCAAGCUCAUCGGUUUGUCCGCCAACACCCUCGGCAGCCACGAGGGCUGGAUCAAGGACAUUGACGAGGUCACGGGCUCCAAGGUCUCCUUCCCCAUCAUCGCCGACAAGGAGCGCAAGGUCGCCUACGCCUACGACAUGCUCGACUACCAGGACACCACCAACGUCGACGAGAAGGGCAUCGCCUUCACCAUCCGCUCCGUCUUCAUCAUUGACCCCAAGAAGACCAUCCGCACCAUCCUCUCCUACCCGGCCUCCACCGGCCGCAACUCUGCCGAAGUCCUCCGCAUCGUCGACUCGCUUCAGACUGGCGACAAGCACAAGAUCACCACCCCCAUCAACUGGGUCCCCGGUGACGACGUCAUCGUCCACCCCUCCAUCAAGACCGAACAGGCCAAGGAGAUCUUCCCCGAGGUCCGCAUUGUCAAGCCCUACCUGCGCUUCACCCCUUUACCCAAGGACAAGGCCACCGUCGCGUAAGUGGCCGCGCUUGGAACGAGGUGUGGGGGCAUUUUGUUGCAUGAAAAGGUUCUCCAGGCACAUUACUGGGAGGAGCCGGGUCUGCAUGAACCGCAGGCCGAGGUUGAGGUUGGCGGAUAAACCCGAAAAGAAAGUCGAAAGAGGGCCAAUGUUCUCCAGGCGUAGGAGACUACUUACGGAGGCAAAGCUUUUCCUCUGAAUACCCCGCGUAGCACUCACUGGCACUGGUAGUUAGCACGGCCUAUGUGACGCAUUAACCGGAUAACGUAUGCGUCCAAGCAGCAGCGCCUUGGCCUUUAUCAUAUAGAACGUAUGAAAUAAUGAGAAAUGUCACAAGUAUUCCAUGUC